AUGUCGCUGCUUCGACUACCGGCAGCAGUUCGCUUGAAGAUUUAUGCCUACUCAGGUGCACCCAGCAUAGGCACACCGCAUACCUGCGUGGAGCGCGCAGACCAAGACCCCGAGGACGAUGCCUUCAGCUUUUUUAAUUGGCUCAUCGGUGACUGCGUUAUAUCCAGAUACAGGGAAUUAUCGCAUAUCAUCAAAGUCAACCUUAAUCACCGAUCACCAAUUUCUCACCCUCCAUCACAUUACUCUGCCACGCUUAGCCUCCUUCUGACGUGCUCGAUCGUAUACAUCGAGCUUGCUCGGCAUAUAUAUUCUCAUUGUCAGAUUGUUAUCCGCGCCAAAGAUGACGCCAGCCUGGCCGCCCUGAGCAGAUUGCGCGCCAGCUCAAUUCACGCGUUGAGGCGCCUCACCAUCGACCUGAACGCGACUUCGUGUGGGUCGGGUUGGAUGUGCGACGAUGAAGCAGAUCCUGGGCUCGACGCUCACUUUGAAGGACGGGAACGGCUCGUCGAGCCUGAAGCAAUUGAGGAACACGCUGCGACUCGUCUCGCUCAUGAACGGACAUGCGAAACCCAACGUUCCGAGAGCCAGAAGAAUGGUGGCCAGCUUAGCACCUUAUCCAUUCUGAACUAUUCUCAAUCACGGCCGCUCACGAUCACGAAUGAGCUACAUCAGGCUGUCCUUCGGAAUUGGUCUCAAAUUUGGGCCGAAUUUCGAGCACAACUCGCGCCUGCAACAUUAGAGCUGGACUUUAUGUGUGAUGUUGCUGAUAUCGACACCGGAGAGUUGGCACUGAAACCUUUUUUGACGGAAACCCAGCCGUAUAUGGCCAAAUGCAACAUCAGGCUCGCUCGUCGCAAGAUUGAAGUGCUUCAACAGCUGGCUCAGUUGGCGAUCGAGCAUAUUGUGUGUCCGUCUACGUUAUGUAGUCCAUCACCGGAAGCUAGACGAUGCAAUAACUCGAUCACGUUCAUGGAUCUUCCCUCUGAGAUCCGCCAGCACAUCCUCGGAUAUACAGAUCUCGUAGUUCCCGGAAAGGAGGUGGAGUGGAGCCCACACCGUGGCUGGUACCUCAGACGUGGCGGUGAAGAGUUCAACGUAACCGAUUAUAAGGCUCUCCUACAUUUUCAUCCGAUAGCCAAGGAUAAAAGCGAGACUAUCGACGACGCCCAUAAUUAUCGCGAACAAGAUCACAACCGGGCAUAUUGUCAAGAGAAGCUCGGCGGACGGGGCUGUUUCUGCAAAAUUCGGCACACCGUAAGUUCAAGCUACAGCAAGGUCGGUUGUUGGGCACCGCCUACACCAUUCUUUUUGGUGAACUCGAUCCUACGCCAGGACGCAUUGCAGGUGUUCUUCAGUCAAACCCGCAUCGUAGUCUGGCCGACUAAAUCAACGUGGUCCGUCGAAACCGUGCUUCAUUCCCCAAGUCGCUUGCACAUUUCGACCUUUCUCAGCGACGUAGUACCUAAGGAUGCACUGCGCCACCUGCGCUAUCUUGAGGUCGUCUUCGAGUACUUUGACUAUCCUGGCCACUUGACAUGGUGUCCGACUAGCAGCCCGGAGCUAAUCGACUGGAAGCGUACUAUUGAAGAGAUUAAGCCACAUCUCGCAUCGUCCAGUCUCGCGGUCAAGAUUGUCUUUCCUCCUGAACCAUCAUUCGCCGAUGUUGAGCUUCCUGACGAGUUGCAAACAUCUGUUGCAUUCUCGAAAGCAGAAUUUCAACAUAGGAAGACAUGCUACUUCAACACGAUUUUGCCUUUGCAGCGAUUGGCCUGCCAUCUCAAGCAUUUGUGGGUCUGGAUUUAUGGGAAUGUCGAAGAACCUGGAGGGGGAACAGGGUACACCGCCGAUUGGUCUCGGGAGCUCGAGACUACGAUUAUGGGCCAUGCAUAUGAGCCCCCUCGUCGCUCCGACUACAGCUCGGACGGACCUCCGGUGCCAUUAUUGCUUCGCAAUGGACGUUGGUUCACAGAUCGUAAGUAUUUCAGCUGA